AUGACGGCCACAGCUGCAGUGGGGACAUCAAAAAUGGAGAAGAGUUCCUCCAAGGAAGAGAAACAACAAUCUAAGCAGGACAGGAUGGAGCAGAGCAAUGCUGAUUCUGAAGAGUGGAUGAACUCUGAGAAUGAACCUGAACAGAUGAGCCUUAAGAACAAUAACAAUGACAAUAGCUACGGAUCUGGGGAUGCUCAGUUGAAAAAAAAGGAUAUUCCCGCCAAGCCACACCGUCAGCUCUUUAGAUCACCCUGCUUAGAUCAUCCAAGCUUCUCCCAGAGCAGCAUUCUACAGGAUAGGAAGCUUGACUUGGAAAAAGAAUACCAAGCCAAGAUGGAUUUUGCUCUAAAGCUGGGCUAUGCAGAGGCACAGAUUCAAUCAGUAUUGAACAAGCUGGGCCCAGAAUCACUUAUUAAUGAUGUAUUGGCAGAGCUCGUCAGGCUUGGGAACAAAGGUGAUUCAGAAGGGCAGGCCAAUUUGAGUUUGUUAGCACCUAGGGGUCCCAGCUCUAGAGAGAUUGCAAGCCCUGAACUGUCUCUUGAAGAUGAAAUAGACAACAGUGAAAAUUUGAGGCCAGUUGUCAUAGAUGGAAGUAAUGUGGCAAUGAGCCAUGGGAAUAAAGAAGAAUUCUCCUGCAGAGGAAUACAACUUGCUGUGGACUGGUUUCUAGACAAAGGCCAUAAAGAUAUUACUGUAUUUGUGCCUGCAUGGAGAAAGGAGCAAUCCCGUCCUGAUGCACCAAUUACAGAUCAAGAGAUUCUACGUAAACUGGAGAAAGAAAAGAUUCUUGUCUUCACACCAUCCCGAAGGGUCCAGGGCAGGAGAGUUGUCUGUUAUGAUGACCGGUUCAUAGUCAAAUUGGCUUUUGAUUCCGACGGCAUCAUUGUAUCUAAUGAUAACUACCGAGACCUUCAAGUUGAAAAGCCAGAAUGGAAGAAGUUUAUAGAGGAGCGGUUGCUGAUGUAUUCUUUUGUGAAUGACAAAUUUAUGCCUCCAGAUGAUCCUUUAGGACGCCAUGGCCCAAAUCUUGAAAAUUUCUUGAGAAAGAGACCUGUUGUUCCAGAGUACAAGAAGCAACCAUGCCCUUAUGGCAAAAAAUGCACUUAUGGCCACAAGUGCAAAUACUACCAUCCGGAGCGGGCCAACCAACCACAGCGUUCGGUGGCUGAUGAGCUCCGCAUCAGUGCCAAACUGUCCACAGUGAAAACCGUGAGUGAAGGCACCCUGGCCAAGUGUAGCACAGGGCUGUCUAAUGCCAAAGGUGAAAUAACCUCCGAAGUCAAACGUGUGGCCCCCAAGCGCCAAUCGGAUCCCAGCAUCCGGUCCAUGGCUGUGGAGCCUGAGGAAUGGCUGUCCAUUGCCCGUAAGCCUGAGGCCAGCUCUGUCCCCUCACUUGUGACUGCCCUAAGUGUCCCCACAAUUCCACCCCCCAAAAGCCAUGCAGUGGGUGCACUCAACACUCGUUCAGCCAGCAGCCCAGUGCCAGGAUCCUCUCAUCUCCCCCACCAGAAGGCCUCACUGGAACACAUGGCUAGUAUGCAGUACCCUCCAAUCCUGGUUACAAACAGCCAUGGGACACCUAUUAGCUAUGCUGACCAAUACUCAAAGUUUGAGUCCCUGGGGGACCACAGUUACUAUUCAAUGUUAGGCGACUUCUCCAAAUUGAACAUCAACAGCAUGCAUAAUCGAGAGUACUACAUGGCUGAAGUAGACCGAGGGGUGUAUGCCCGGAGUCCCAACCUCUGUCCUGACAAUCGUAUGAGCCAUACCAGGAACGACAACUACUCCUCUUACAACAACCUGUAUUUGGCUGUAGCUGAUGGCCAUCCUGAAGGCAAUUUAAAGCUGCAUCGCUCAGUAUCUCAGAACCGUCUUCAGCCUUUUCCUCAUGGUUACCAUGACGCCUUAACACGAGUGCAGAGCUAUGGCCCAGAGGAUUCUAAGCAAGCCCCCCACAAGCAGUCAGUUCCCCACUUAGUUCUACAAGCCCAGCACCCAGCAACUGGAGCAUGUUCAAGCUGUCCUGGAGACUACCCCAUGCCUCCUAAUCUCCACCCUGGGGCAACCCCCCAGCCAGGACGUGCUCUGGUAAUGACUCGGAUGGACAGUAUUUCUGACUCCCGCCUCUAUGAAAGCAACCCAAUGAGGCAAAGAAGACCUCCCCUGUGCCGGGAACAACAUGCCAGCUGGGACCCAUUACCCUGUACAACCGACUCCUAUGGCUAUCACUCCUAUCCCUUGGGUAACAGCCUCAUGCAACCAUGCUUUGAGCCAGUCAUGGUACGGAGCAUGCCUGAAAAGAUGGAACAGCUUUGGAGGAAUCCUUGGGUUGGAAUGUGCAAUGAUACCAGGGAGCAUAUGAUCCCAGAGCACCAGUAUCAGACUUAUAAGAACCUCUGCAAUAUUUUCCCUUCAAACAUCGUCCUUGCAGUGAUGGAAAAGAAUCCCCACACAGCAGAUGCCCAGCAACUGGCAGCCUUGAUUGUUUCUAAGCUUAGGGCUGCACGUUGA